GCAUUAUUGCUCCUCUUUCCAUGGACCCUCUGGUUUCUUCACCCCCCACCAUAAACACAGUUUCGGUCCCAGGAUGUGAAGAUAAAGGAAGACAAAUACAGGAAGUGAAGGAUGUUCUGAUAGUCCUGCAGAAUAAGAUGGACUACCUUCUUCCAUCGGCAGAUUUGUUGCCCAACUUUGCUCUGAAAUCACAAGGAGCAAAGGUUUUACAGUGGAGGCCAUUAGCCGCACAUCCUGGCCAACUACAAAGAUGCGGUUGGUUUGGGUUUGCACUAGAAGAGCCAUUUAUCCACCCAGACAUUGUCAUCCAGGGGAGGACUCGCCUAAAUCCAGGAGAGUGCUGGGCUUUUGAAGGUUCCCAGGGACAUUUAGCCAUCGCCCUGUCCCACAGAGUCCUUAUCAGUCACGUCACCUUGGGUCACCUGCCUAAAAUGUUGUCCCCGACUGGUAACAGCUGGAGUGCUCCCAAGGAGUUUUCUGUCUAUGGAAUGAGGGAACCUGAACAGGAGUGGACUCACCUGGGAACUUUUAUCUAUGAGGAGGAUGGAGAUUCUCUUCAGACCUUUGAGCUACCGAGCCAUGAAAAAAUGGCCUUUAGCUCCAUAAAGCUACAGAUAAACAGUAACUGGGGCCACACAAAGUACACCUGCCUCUACAACGUCAGAGUCCACGGAGAGAUCGCUUAUUGA